UUAUGAUCUGAGUCGUAUAAAACCAUCAAGGAAUAAUCAAUAAUGAUGUUGGUGGUUGUUAGAGUGGUGGUGUGUGUCCACAUAUUUAUGCUGUUUCACUUUGCAUGUUUGUCUUCUCAUUCAUGCCAUUCAGAGGAGAGCUCUGCAUUGCUUCACUUCAAAACCCAACUCAUUACUAACACUACCUUUUAUGAUUAUUAUUAUGCUAAUUUCUGCCCCUAUGUUUAUCCAAAGAUGAGGACGUGGGAGAAUGGGACAGAUUGUUGUUCAUGGAUGGGUGUCACGUGUGAUUCUCUGUCUGGUCACGUGAUUGGCCUCGAUCUAAGUUGCAGUGCACUUGUAGGUAUAAUCCAUCCUAACAGUACACUUUUCCAUCUUACUCGUCUUCAAACACUCAAUUUUGCUUACAAUUAUUUCUAUAAUUCUCAGUUGUCAUCUCAGUUUGGUGAGUUUGUGAGUCUCACACACUUGAAUUUAUCUAGUUGUGGGUUUGAAGGUGAUAUUCCUUCUCAAAUCUCACACCUUUCCAAAUUACAGUCACUUGAUCUCUCUUUGAAUUAUGGUUUAAAGUGGGAAGAAACAACUUGGAAGAGGUUGCUGCAAAACACAUCUUUAAGAGAGAUUGUAUUGGAUCAAACAGAUAUGAGUUUAAUUGGUCCAACACCAAAUCCUUUGUCUUUGAUCGCCAACUUGUCUUCCACUUUGGUUACUCUCAGUCUUGGUUAUACUAGAAUAAGAGGUUCUUUGACAAGUGACAUAUUCUGUUUACCCAAUCUUCAACACCUCAUUCUAACAGGGAAUGAAUUGUCAGUCCAUCUUUCCGAGUUGAGUUGUACCACUUCUCUUAGUAUCUUGGAUCUUUCAGAUUGUGGGAUCCAAGGGCCUAUCUCUUCAUCAUUCUAUAAUCUAACACACCUCACUUCCUUGAAUUUGGCGGAUAAUCAACUCAACGGUUCAAUCUCGUCAUCACUUUUAAACCUUCAGCGUCUCACUCACCUUGAUCUUUCAAGGAAUGAGCUUAGUGGUCAAAUUCCAAAUGUGUUUGAUAAGCUAACCAAGUUGCAAACUCUCUCUCUUAGUGAUAAUAAUUUCCAAGGAAAGUUGCCAUCUUCAUUGUUUACAUUAACUCAACUCUCUCAAUUAGAUUGUUCUUCUAAUCAAAUUGAAGGGCCACUACCCAAACAAGUAGCCUUUUCAAAUCUCAUUGAAUUAUUCCUAGAAGACAACUUAUUAAAUGGGACAAUUCCGCCAUCAAUUUUAUCCCUCAAGUCUUUGAGAUCUUUGGAUUUAUCAAAUAAUCGAUUCAUAGGGUAUAUAAGCAGUGAAAUCACAUCUUAUUCCUUAGAAUAUCUAUUCCUGUGUGGCAAUAAGCUUCAAGAAAACAUUCUAGAAUCAAUUUCUCAUUUUGUAAAUCUUACAUAUUUGUGCUUGUCCUCAGACAAUUGGAGUGGUACUGUUCACUUUCAACUCUUUUCUAAGCUCCAAAAAUUGGAGUAUCUUUCUCUUUCAGGUUGCAAUUCAUUAUUGCUAGAAUCUGAAACAAGUAUGAAUUACACUUUUUUGAAUUUGUAUGCACUACAGUUAUUUUCUAACAAUAUCAUUGGUUGGUCAAAGUUCUCAGGAAAAUUUCCACAAUUGGAAUUUCUUGAAUUGUCCAAUAAUAAACUUGAAGGAAAGAUACCCAAUUGGAUACAUGAUAUACCCUCAUUAUGUCAUUUGAAACUCUCACACAACAUGAUCACAUCAAUAGGUCAUCAAUUCCCAUGGUAUCACUUUGAAUACCUUGAUCUUAGCUUCAAUUUGAUGGAUGAUGACAUUUCUUCCUUCUUUUGUAAUACAACCUCUUUGGAAGUUAUCAACUUGUCCCACAACAGAUUCACAGGAACAUUUCCACAGUGUCUUGCCAAUACCUCAUCCCUUGUAGAUUUGGAUAUACAGAUGAACAAACUUCAUGGCAAUUUAUCAGAUAAUUUUAAGCAACUUCAACUUGAAACACUGAAUCUCAAUGGCAACCAGUUUGAAGGUUUAUUGCCGAAAUCUUUGUCCAGUUGCACAUAUCUUGUGGAUUUAGAUCUCGGUAAUAAUCAAUUUGAGGAUACAUUUCCUGAUUGGCUCCAAAAUCUAUCAAGUUUGGAAAUACUGGUCUUAGGAGGCAAUAAGUUGUAUGGUCCCAUUGCCAAUUUGAAAUCUGAAAAUAUAUUUCCAAGUUUGAUUUAUCUUGACAUAUCAUGUAAUAACUUUAGCGGCUCAUUACCAAAAGCAUACAUACAAAAUUUUCAAGCCAUGAAAAUUGUGGGUGAUGAAGUGCAACGCAGGUUGGUAGAUUAUAUUGACACUAGUUUUGGAGCUAUAGUGGGCAACAUUCUUCCAGAAUAUGAUAAUUCCGUAAUUGCAACAGUGAAAGGAACCAAUACCCCUUUUGCCAAAAUUCCAACAACCUUUGUAAAUAUAGAUUUGUCAGAGAACAAAUUUGAAGGAGAGAUUCCAGAUGAUUUUGGGGAGCUUCAUGGACUCAUAGGCCUCAACCUUUCUCAUAACAGACUUGUUGGUCAUAUUCCCCACUCUUUGGGAAAUUUGACAAAUCUAGAAUCAUUGGAUCUCUCCUCAAAUAUGCUUACUGGGGAUAUUCCUACUGAAUUGGCAAAUCUGAACUUUCUUGAAGUCUUGAGUCUUUCCCAAAACCAGUUGGUGGGACCAAUACCCAGAGGAAAACAGUUUGAUACAUUUUCAAACGAUUCCUAUGAGGGAAACAUGGGGUUGUGUGGAUUUCCAUUGUCAAUUCAAUGCAAUAAUGUCUCUUUGCAACAAUGUCCAUCUUCUGAGGCUGAAGACAAAUUUGGAUUUGGAUGGAAACCAGUGGCAAUAGGAUAUGCAUGUGGAGUGGUGCUUGGAAUUGGCUUGGGAUUUUGUGUUUUCUCAAUUGGAAAGCCUCAAUGGCUUGUGAUCAUCUUUGGAGGCAAAAGAAUCAAAAGAAGGAGCCGUGGAAAUCGGCGUGCAAGAACAACUUAAUGGCCACAACUUCUUCUUCUUCUUGGGGCCACUCUCAAGUUCAUUGUUGCAUGGGAAAUUUGUUUCAGAUGUUGGUUAUUACUGUUGUGUCUUUUUAUAUUUUUUUUUUUUGUUUUGUGAUUGUAAUUUUCUUUU